CGUUCUAAAAUGUUUGUAAAUAUUUGCAGAUAUGUCUUUUGAUCCUCGAGCUCUCCGGAACUUUGUCAGCACAAGGGGAGACGCUCAUCCACAGGGGCAGCCCCCGAGGAAGAAAAGCAAGAAGAGGCCUCGAGGGGCUCCUGAGGGUGCGAGGGGGCAUGGCGAAACUUCUCGAGCUCAUCCACAAGUCUCGACCCCUUUGCAACCGAACCUUAGAUCUCCCACUCCUCGGGUCGUCACUCCUUGGCCUCCUUCUGAAGUGGUUGACCUUGAGGAUGACCCGUCUCUUACCAGGGACUUCGAGACUUGCCACCUCGCUCCUGAGCUCGUUAACAAAUACAAAGAGGAGGUCAAGCUCGAGGAUGGGAUGAAGGUCCUCGAGGGUCUUACAGUGAAGAUGUUGAGUAUAGCUCGAGGACUCUCUCUGCAAGGGCUCGAGGAGGCCAAGAGGGCAGCUGGGGUCGAGACGUCCAUGGCCUCUAAGGACAGCAGGAUUCAAGACCUCGAGGCACAGGUCGAGGUUUUAUUGAAGGAGCGUGAUGACGCGAGGAGGGAGGCUGCAAAGGCCAGGGAUGACCUGGUUAUAGCAAAGGAUGAGGUCGAGGGCGCGAGGCUCGAGCUCAUCCAGAAGACAGAGGAUUUCGGGCGCGAGCUCGCGGCUGUCAGGGAGAGGGCUUGGGAGGAGUUUAAAACCUCCGAGGAUUGCGACAAGAUAAAAGGGGAGUAUGCGUUGGGGGCGUACUUCCAUGCUCUGAAAGAAGCCCAGGCCUUCCUCCGUGAGAAGUUGCCCGACGUCACUCCAGACGACUUGAAGACAGUGCCUUCCAUUGCUGAUACAUUGGAGAUCUCAGGCUCGGAAGAUGGAGGAGGAUCGGGUGGAGAUGAUGAGGAUGGUCUUGAGGACGACGUUGAGAUCGACAUCAGCAACCUCGACCCUCCUCUUGGCCACAUUGGAUGACUUCCCCACCCCGAUCCUUUGUAAUUUUUUGUUUAAUUUUGACAAUGUAAAUUGAUCGAGGACUAUGUAUGUUCUUAAAGUUAAUUUAUUCGAACUAUUUAUCUCGACCCCUUGGACUCCAUACAUUCGAGCAAACAAAUUGGAAACUAACUGCUCAUGCGACAUUGAAGUGUUUACUCGAGGAUUCCACAACUCGAGCGCAUUUAAGGGAUUAAAAAGUGGCAGACAUACAUUCUCGAGGACUGUAAUCUCGAGCACAAAUAUAUAAAAAAUAAUGAUGUGACAUUCUCGAGGACAAUUAAUCUUAAAAAAUGAGUGCAUUCUCGAGGACUGUAAUCCCGAGCACAACUAACUUUAAAAAUUGAUAGUGACAUUCUCGAGGACUGUAAUCCUGAGCACAACUAACUUUAAAAAUUGAUAGUGACAUUCUCGAGGACUGUAAUCCUCGAGCACAACUAAACUUUCAAAACUGAGUGACAUUCUCGAGGACUGUAAUCCUCGAGCACACUAAACUUUAAAAAGUUGGGGUGUGAUUUCCUCGAGGACUGUAAUCCUCGAGCACACUAACUUUAAAAAGUUGGGUUGUGAAAUCCUCGAGGGCUAUAACCUCGAGCACACUAAACUUUAAAAAGUUAUAAUGUGAGAUUCUCAGGGGUGUCCAAAAUGAUGUGGGAUUUUUGUAUGUCCCUGGGCGAUACUAUAAUGGUUUACACUUGACUAUAUGAUCAAGGCUUUUUGUGCUUGCGCAGGGCAAAGCUUUGGUACUUGCUUGAGACAAGGCAUUUUUGACUGCUUGCCUGGGGCAAGGCUUUUUGAGUGCUUGCCUGGGGCAUGGCUUCUUUGAGUGCUUGCCUGGGGCAAGGCUUCUUUGAGUGCUUGCCUGGGGCAAGGCUUUUUUGUGUGCUUGCGCGGGGCAAGGCUUUUUUGUGCUUGCGCGGGGCAAGGCUUUUUGGAGUGCUUGCCUGGGGCAAGGCUUCUUUGGAGUGCUUGCCUGGGGCAAGGCUUCUUUGAGUACUUGCCUGGGGCAAGGCUUUUUGGAGUGCUUGCCUGGGGCAAGGCUUCUUUGAGUGCUUGCCUGGUGCAAGACUUUUACUAAAGGGCUGUUAUACCCGAAACUUGAAUUUACUAAUUUUUCAGACUGAACUUGGAUUUAUAUUGUAUCCAAGCUGCCUACGUACCCAAAUGGGAUCAAGCCGAACGUAGUUCAUUACAAAAGAGAACGAAAAAUAUGCAUGGGCACGCAGACCCGCUAAACUAGAAAUAAAAUGCAGAAAAAGAAAAUCUCCUAAAAGGCGUCAGGAAUUUUACUUGUAAUAUAUUUUUAGAUUGUCGGCAUUCCAGGGCCUCGGAAGAGAUCUGCCCGAGGUGUCUCUUAGGCUGUAUGCUCCUUUGCGAACCUGUCGUAUGACCUCAAAGGGCCCUUCCCAGAUGGACCCGAGUUUCCCUGGGGGGUGGCCUGCUGCUUCGGCCCUCCUCAAGACCAAAUCGCCAGCUCUGAACCUCCGAGCCUUGACUUUGCUAUUAAAAUGUUUCGCUGUCUUAGUUUGGUAAGAGGCCACCUUUUUAGCGGCUUGCUCCCGUACUUCUUCCAAGAGAUCAAGAUGUUCAGCUGUAUGCUCCGAGGUUUCUGGCACAAGCCUCCUAUGGCUUGGCAGUCUAAUUUCCACCGGGACCAUUGCUUUAAUGCCAUAGGCUAACAUAAAAGGGGUUUCUCCUGUGGUUGUCCUAUGAGUUAUUCUAUACAUCAAAAGUAUAGAAGGCAGCUCGUCGGACCAAGAACCCCUUGCAUCGGUUAUUCUUGUUCGGAGGUCUUGCAAUAUGAUUCGAUUUGUUACCUCGGCCAGGCCAUUGCUCUGAGGAUGAGAAACUGAUGUCAGACGGUGAUCAAUCCCAAGGUUUGAGCAAAAGUUUCUAAACUGUUGGUUGUCAAAUUGCCUGCCAUUGUCGGUGAUGAGGACCUUUGGUAUCCCAAACCUGCAAAUGAUAGACCUCCAAGUGAAGGCUCUUAGCUUGGGCUCCGAUAUUGUGGCGAGAGGUUUGGCCUCUACCCAUUUUGUGAAGUACUCUACUGCUACAGCAACAAACUUUAAUUGGCCUCUUGCCACA